CGGCCCCUUGCUGACAUGGCGGAAUAUUUAGGAUGGGAGGACUACUUAACAAUGGGGAUAUAUUUUGUGUUAGUCCUUGGUGUUGGAUUAUGGUCGACCUGUCGCUCUAACAAAGGAUCGGCUCAUGGCUAUUUUUUGGCGGGAAGGAACAUUCACUGGAUACCUGUUGGCGCCUCUAUAUUCGCAAGUAACAUUGGAGCCCCGAUGUUUAUAGGGAUAGCUGGAUCGGCUGCUGCCUCAGGGAUCGCUGUCAUCAUCUACGAGUGGAUUGCAGUAUACUUCCUGGUUCUACUAGGAUGGAUCUUUGUACCAGUGUAUACGUCAUGUGGGGUUUUCACAACACCGGGAUACCUCAAGAAAAGAUACGGAGGAAAGAGGAUACGGAUCUACUCCUCCAUAUUUGCUCUCAUUGGAUUCGUUCUGUUCAAUAUAUCCAUAGAGAUAUAUUCUGGAGGAGUAUUCCUCAAACAGCUGUUAGGCUGGAAUAUGUACCUGAGUGUAGUCCUCAUCCUUCUUGUCACGGCAGCGUACACCAUUGUAGGUGGUCUCACGUCUGUUAUUUACACUGACACCCUCCAAACAGUGGUCCUGCUGACCGGAUCUAUAGUGCUGUUUGUCUUGUCGUACUUAGAAGUUGGAGGCUGGGACGGAUUACACGAUAAAUACAUGAUGGCCGCCGCAAACGAAACAUUGAUGAAUACGACGUUUUACGCGUGUGGACUUCCUAGGGAAGACUCGUUUACUAUCCUACGUAGUCCAAUGACGGGAGAUGUACCUUGGACCGGCUCAUUGUUUGGGUUGUCUACCCUUGGUCUGUACGUCUGGUGUCACGACCAGUUGAUCGUACAAAGAUGCCUAGCAGCAAAGUCCAUAUCACAUGCAAAGGCUGGGUCAUUAUUGGGAGCCUGCCUUAAGAUUCUCCCCUUCUUUUUGUACCUGAUACCUGGUAUGGUUAGCAGGAUUUUAUACCCAGACGAAGUAGCAUGUGCUGAUCCUGAUACGUGCAGUAGACUUUGUGGUAACCCCGCAGGCUGUUCAAAUAUGGCCUAUCCGUUGAUGGUACUGCGAUUCCUACCUUCAGGGCUCCGUGGAUUGAUGUUGGCCGCCCUCAUUGCUGCUCUGAUGAGUUCUAUGACCUCAAUCCUAAACAGUGCCAGUUCCAUAGUGACACUAGACAUUUGGUGUGUAGCAAGGAAGAAAGCUUCUGAAAGGGAGCUGAUGAUAGUGGGAAGGUUGGCAGUGCUAGUGUUGGUGGCCAUUAGCGUUCUAUGGCUUCCAAUUCUUGAGAAGGUACAGGGAGGAAUGUUCUGGUUUUAUAUGCAGUCCAUCCGCUCCUAUCUGAUUCCACCAUGGUGCAUGCUCUUCAUGUUAGGAGUUUUCUGGAAAAAGACUACGGAGUCGGGUGGAUUUUGGGGACUUAUUCUCAGCCUUAUAGUGGGUGUAGUACGGAUGGUGUUGGAUUUUACCUAUACUGCACCUUUAUGUGGAAGUGGGGAACCAGACGAACGUCCCAGUAUAAUUGCUGACGUUAACUUCCUUCAUUUUGCAAUAAUUUUGGCUUUGUUUACAACGAUAUGCAUGGUUGUCAUUAGCCUUCUCACUGAGCCGCGACCAGAACGAAAGCUAAGACGAGUUACAUGGUGGACCCGGCAGGACAAACAGGUUCCAGAUCCCGACACUGAAGACGAGGAGGAAGGAACUCAAAAUGAAUAUGAAAAAGGAAAACGUAGGAGAGGUUCAAAAAGGACAGAAGAGGAAAGUUUAACCGAGAGUCAGAUGGAAAUACAGCGUCCGGAAUCGAAAGAAGUUACAACAAAAAGAUUAAAAAACCAGUUUAUAAUGUGGUUGUGUGGGACGACUGGGGACAAGGCAAAACACAGCGAUUGGGAAAUGGAGGACAUCCGUGUGCAGCAGGAAAAGGAUCAGUCUCUCGAGGAAAAUCCUUUCUGGAAACGUAUUCUAGACAUAUCUGCUGUGGUGAUCCUUAUUAUUACUACAAUUCUUAUAGCAUAUUUUAAUUAAACUGAUAGCUUGGAUAUUCCAAUUAGGGACACCUGGUGACAGUUAAAACACAUUUUAUAAUAUUUACAUCUCCCCGUUCUUCAGCUUAAUAAACUCCGACUGUGUAUACAUUAGCGUAUACGCAUUGGAAAAAGGUUCGGCGGAUUGAUAUCUGUAAAUAUGGCGCCGUUCAUGCUUCAGCGCGAUAACUGUUUGAUGACAGCCAUUGCUUGGUUCGUUCAACAUCUUGAAACAUGGAACAUAUUUUGAUCCUUUAUUUCUGAUGAUGCUGGCUAACUUCUAAUUCCAUGGAUGCACAUUCAAUGUUUUUUGACGGUAGGGCAAACAAUGGCAGUGGCUUCCUUUGCGACGUUCGACCGCAUCACGGCACAUUCAAUGUUUUUUGACGGUAGGGCAAACAAUGGCAGUGGCUUCUUUUGCGACGUUCGACCGCAUCACUACCAGAACAGUGUGUCAAUGCAUGUACAUAACGACAGUUAUAAAUAGUUAAACAUGUUUGGAGUGCUACAAAUAUUACUUAAUUAAAAAUUCACAGAA